AUGAAGUUUUCUACCGCUGUUACCGCCGCUGCCGUCGCUGCUCCAGCCUUGGCUGCUUACACCAAUGGAACCUCCACCGAGACUGAUAUCCAAACCACCGUGGUUACCAUCACCUCUUGUUCCGACAACGCUUGUCACACCGAGGUUGCUACCACCGGUCUUACCACCGUUACUGAGAACGAGACUGUCUACACCACCUACUGUCCAUUGACUGAGGAGCCAACCAAGACUGAGACCGAUGUCGUCGGUACCACCGUGGUUACCAUCACUUCUUGUGCUGACAACAAGUGCCACACCGAGGUUGCUACCACCGGUGUCACCACUGUCACCGAGAACGACACUGUCUACACCACCUACUGCCCACUUACCGAGGCUACCCCAGCUACCAAGGCCCCAGCUACCGAGGCUACUCCAGCUACCCCAGCCACUGAGGCCCCAGCUGCCACCGAGGCUACCCCAGCUGCUCCAGCUGUUCCAGCUUCCGAGGCUCCAGCUUCUGCUCCAGCCACUGAGGCCGCUCCAACCACCGCUGCCCCAGCUGCCACUGAGGCUCCAUCCACCGUUGCUGGUGAAUCGGUUGCUGCUACCCCAUCUACCGUUGCUGCUGAGUCUUCUGCUGCUUCGACUGUUGCUGCUGUCUCUACCGCCGAGAAACGCUGGUAA